UCAGAAAACUCUCUGCAAUUUCACAGAAAUUUGCCACUUUCAGAUCAUCCCAACUAAAAAGGUUUUGAUAACCAUGUCCAUGGUUGCAGAAGAGCCAGGCUUCAUUCAAAUCUUCUCUGAUGGUUCAGUAAAACGCCCUGAACGUGAAACCUCCCCUGCCUCAGAAGAUUCAUCAUCCACUGGAUACAAGUCCAAGGAUGUGAUAAUUGACUCAACAAAACCAAUUUCUGGGAGGAUUUUUGUCCCUGAUACUCCGGCUUCCUCUAGCCUCCUGCCAGUUCUAGUUUACUUCCAUGGCGGCGGUUUCUGCGUCGGCACAGCCACAUGGCUUGGCUACCUCACUUUCCUUGGAGACUUUGCCGUGGCCGCCCAAUCAAUAGUCCUCUCUGUGGACUACCGCCUUGCGCCUGAACACAGGCUCCCUACAGCUUAUGAUGAUUGUUAUUGCUCACUAGAGUGGCUAAGUAAGCAGGUGAGCUCUGAACCAUGGCUUCAGAGAGCUGACCUCUCUCGUGUGUUUCUGUCAGGGGACAGCGCCGGAGGGAACAUUGCGCACAAUAUUGCUAUCAGGGCCAUUCAAAAGGGUUGUGAUGAGGUAAAGAUUAAAGGGAUGUUGCCCAUACAUCCAUAUUUUGGGAGUGAGGAGAGGAUUGAUAAGGAAAAGGCAAGUGAAUCAGCCAAGGAUGUGGGGUUGACUGACUUGUUGUGGAAACUAAGCUUGCCAGAAGGAUCAAACCGUGAUUAUUUUGGGUGUAAUUUUGAGAAGGCAGAGCUGUCCAGGGAUGAAUGGGGUCGGUUUCCGGCAGUGGUGGUCUAUGUGGCCGGCUUGGAUUUCUUCAAAGAAAGGGGAGUUAUGUAUGCAGGCUUUUUGGAGAAGAAAGGGGUGGAGGUGAAGCUGGUGGAAGCUAAAGGAGAGCAGCAUGUGUAUCAUAUGUUCCAUCCAAAAUCCGAGGCCACUCGCUUGCUGCAGAAGCAAAUGAGUGAGUUCAUACACAGCUUUUAGCCUCUCAUUUUGCCAUGGUCGAUUCAUCAGCUUCUCUUCUAGUUAUCUAUUAGGCAUGCAUCCUAUCAGCAUAGAUAUGGGAUUUGCAGCAAAUACCAAGUUGUAAUUCUGCUCAAAAUUUCUAAGUGAAACUCAUGUUGUAGUAAUGUAAUCACAAUAAAAGUUGUUUUCUGGUGCUCUAGCCUGAA